AUGCCCUCGGAAGCUUAUAACGUCGGUUGCUACCUGUUGGACCGUCUCGUGGAGAUGGGUUGCAAUAGGGUCUUUGGUGUUCCUGGCGAUUACAACUUGCGCUUUCUUGACGAUGUCGUGUCGAGCAAGGGUCUCGGAUGGGUUGGCUGCUGUAACGAGCUCAACGGUGCAUACGCGGCCGACGGCUACGCCCGCAUACGCGGCAUCGGUGCCGUUCUAACGACGUAUGGUGUGGGCGAGCUGAGUGCGCUCAAUGCCCUUGCCGGAGCCUAUGCAGAGUGCAACCCCGUGGUUCACAUCGUCGGUGCGCCGUCAACCGUUGACGCAGAUGCACAGCUCAUGAAGCAUCACACCCUUGGCGAUGGGUUCUUUCAACACUUCUGCCUCAUGAGCGAGCAAAUUUCCUGCGCAACGACCCGUCUCACGACGCAAAACGCCGUGAUUGAGAUCGACCGUGUGCUGACAGAAAUUCGCUACCAGCGCAAGCCCGGCUACAUCAUGCUGCCGAUGGAUGUGGCGGUGUUUGUGGUGGACCCACCGGUUGCGCCGAUGGCGGUGCGCCAGGCGGAGCUGUGCCCGGAGUCCCUGAAGGCCUUCGCUGCCGGCGUUGAUGAGAAGCUGCGGGUUGCCAAGCGCCCCGCUGCCCUUGUGGGGUACCUGUGCGACCGCUACGCUUGCAAUGCUCUCGCCCAGAAGCUGGUGGACAAGGCCGGCAUCCCGUUCGCACACAUGCUUCUCGGCAAGGGCGCGCUGAACGAGCAGUCCGCGACCUACAUCGGAUGCUACUUCGGUGCCACGUGCAAUGACUACGUCCGCACGACCAUCGAGGAGUCGGAUGCAUGCGUGCUGGUUGGUGUCAAAUUCCACGAUUUCGGCACUGGCUACUUCUCGCACAAGAUUGACAGUGAAAAGACCAUCGACAUCCUGCCCUUCUGCUCUCGCAUCGGCCUCAAGCGCUUCCCCCAGAUACCGAUGGCCAUGGCCAUCGAGGCCGUCUUCACGGCGGCCAUGAAGUACUGCUCGGCGUGGCCCAAGAGUUUCAUGAAGCCACCGAGCUUCGACAAGCCCAACAGCGACAAGUUCAACGGCCACCACUUCUGGAGUGAGGUCCAGGCUGGACUCACGGAGGGCGACAUCGUCGUGGUCGACCAGGGAACCUCUAGCGCCGCCAGCGCUGGCCUUAUCCUGCCCAAGAACGGCACCCUGAUCGUGCAGUGCCUGUGGGGUUCCAUCGGCUACUCCAUCCCGGCCGCCUUCGGUGCCCAGAUGGCCAUGCCGGAACGCCGCGUGGUGCUCGCGGUUGGCGACGGCUCCGCACAGAUGACGGUGCAGGAGUUGGGCUCCUUCAUGCGCUUCGGCCUCCAUCCCGUGAUCUUCCUCGUCAACAACGACGGCUACGUGAUUGAACGCAUCAUCCACGGAUGGAACGCUGAGUACAACGACAUUGCAACAUGGAACUGGAAGGCGGUGAUCAAGGCUCUGACUGUAAAGGACGAGCCCGAGGCAGUCACAGUGCAGGAGCCGGGCAAGAUCCUGCCCAUGAUGGAACGUACCCAGAAGAAACGUGACAAGCUCACCUUUAUCGAGGUCAUGCUUGGCCGCCACGAGAUGCCUAUCGUUGCACUUAUGCCAUUCAUGAACAAGUGA